AUAUUCGACAUUCCUUACAGCUUACGCCACACUGAACGCCCCCAUUCAGAAGGUCCGUGUAAGCCAUCACGCAAACGAUCCUUCCCCAGCGCGAAGCUAACAUCUAUCUGUGAAAAGUUUAACAGACUAGCGGAAACAAAAUGUCAAAAGUCGACGAAACCAGAAAAUUUUGGUCCGAUAAAUUUGACGAGUUUGAUGCCUCUGGAAAUGGGGAGUUGACCGUCCAAGAACUGAGGGAUGCUCUCAAAGGAAUGGGCGCCAACCUCUCCGACGCAGACAUUUCUAGUAUGUUUAGAGAUAUUGACGAAGAUAAGAGUAGAAGCAUCUCUAAGAACGAGUUCAUUAGACAGAUGACAAAGAAAAACAGACAGGAUGCCUUUAAAGAAUUUUUUGCUGAAAAUGACACCGAUGGUUCUGGAUGCUUGACUGCAGAUGAGAUCCGUAAGUUUGCCGACAAAGACUCUGGAGCAUCGGUAGAAGAAAUCCUUAAACAAUGUGACGUAAACUCCGAUGGGAAGAUAACCUUAGAAGAAUUUCUGGAGAGAAUUGAUGGGUAGACUACCGGUCUUCUAUCCCUACAGCUCAGUCUUCCUUUUCUCUGAAGAACACACCGGAAGAAACGUGUGUAUUGCUCCAUAACUGCAGCAAAGCAAGCAAGCAUAAUCGUUUACUAGCACAUAUUACGUAUCCUGCUUUCUACUUAUUCAAUUCACGCGGUAUUUUGUCAUCUCAAACCUGCGUUAUGAACAGUUAUGUCAAGUAAUUAUUUACUAAUAAAAAUAAUAAUCAAACGAAAAUUCGUAUCUUUAAACUUUUAUCAAUUUUCAUGAAUCAGACUGCACUGAGAUUAUUCGAAACAACAUAAGAUUUUAAAGAUAUCAAUCAUCGUCUCAAAAUAUGGAUAUUGAAGGUUUACCAGAAUGUAAAAUUUAUGUAUAUUGUGAAAAAUAGUUUUGAAUACACCAAAAAUAUUGUAGUAUUCUUUUCUAAUAAAUGUAUUUUAUUAAUUGAUUUCAAAUUUGUAAUAAAUUUCAAAAUUUCAA